CCCUCACCACACCACCAAUUCACAAGCACCAUUCACCAUGGACAUGAUGAGCUCCUCCCGCCGAAGGGCUCUGGAGACACGGAGUAUACGUCCGCCGACAUCCACCGUGCGCUCGUGGGCUAAAAGCAGCCCUUUGUCGUUCAAAAGAACAACGAAUGUGUCUUCCUCCAGAGCUGCGUACAGCCCCGCCGUGCUCGCGUCUCCGGACGGCUUCGAGCUGAGCGCGGCGCUCAACGGAGACCCGGUGCGCAAUAACGAGAAGGAGCAGCUCCAGGGGCUCAACGACCGCUUCGCCAGCUACAUCGACAAGGUUCGCUUCCUCGAGGAGCAAAACAAGCAGCUGGAGGCUGAGAUCCAAGCGCUGAAGCAGCAGAAACUGUCGCAGUCCCUGCAGACCGAUGCGUACGACCGCGAGCUCCAAGACCUGCGCUGCGCCCUGGAGCAGCUCCACAAGGAGAAGGCGCAGAUCCUGCUGGACACCGACCACAUGGACGAGGAUAUCCAGCGGAUCCGUGAACGCUACGAAGAUGAGUCCCGCCUCAGAGAGCACAUGGAUGGUGCGAUCCGAGGCAUGAAGAAAGACAAAGACGACUCGGUUCUGAUGAAGAUGGAGCUGGAGAGGAAAGUCCAGGCGCUCGUGGACGAAAUGGACUUCUUGCGGCAGAACCACGAGGAGGAGAUCAGCGAGCUUCUGGCGCAGCUUCAAGCCGCGCAGGUGCCGGUGGUGGAGAUGAGGGACCUCCAGAAGACCGACAUCACCUCUGCGCUCCGGGAGAUCCGCGCGCAGCUGGACGGGCUGUCCUCCAAGAACCUCCAGCAGGCUGAAGAAGUGUUCAAGUGCCGCUAUGCCAUGCUGACGGACGCCGCUGAACAGAACAAGGAUGCUAUAAAGUCCAUAAGGGACGAGAUCGGGGACUACCGCCGUCAGAUCCAAGGAAAGAGCGUCGAACUGGAGGCUCUUCGAGGCACCAAAGAUUCACUGGAGAGGCAGCUGCAUGACAUAGAGGACCGCCACAACACCGACGUCUCCAGUUAUCAGGAAAUGAUUCACCAAUUGGAAAACGAUCUAAAAGGAACAAAAUGGGAAAUGGCUCGUCAUCUCCGGGAAUAUCAGGAUCUGCUCAACGUCAAGAUGGCACUGGAUGCAGAAAUAGCCGCUUACAGGAAACUGCUGGAAGGUGAGGAGACUCGCUUCUGCGCCGCCGUUACAGCAUUUGCCUACAGCCAGCCAAAAACCUCAAAGGUCAAACAUAAAAUAGUGGAGGAGAUCAUCGAGGAGACCAAAGGAGAAAGCGACAUCGAUGAUGAUCUGGCAGAGGUGGCAAAAGAGGUGGCAGAAGAGGCGGAAGAGGAAGAGGAGGAGAUUGUUGCUGCCAGUCAGGCCAAAGUGAGUUCAGCCGCUCCUGAAGGAGAAGAAGAGGAAGAAGAAGGAGAAGGAGAAGAAGGAGGAGAUGAUGAGGAAGAAGCAGAUGAGGGAGAAGCUGCUGCUGAGGAGGAAGAAGAGGAAGAAGAAGAGGAAGGAGAGGGGGAAGAGGAGCCACAAGUGGAAGUGAUCGAAGAGACAGAGCUGUGCGGUGAGAAAUCUCCAACAUCAGAAAAGGAGGGCAGCGAAAAAGAAGAAGAGGAAGAUGAAGGUAAAGGAGAUGAGAAGGAAGAUGGAGAGGACGAGAAAGAGGAAACCAAAUCUGAAGGAGAGGAAGAGAAGAAAGAAGAAUCGGGAGGAGAAGAAACUAAGGCCGAUUCAGAGAAGGACGACAAGAAAAGCGACACAGAGGAAGAGGAAAAGAAAUCACCUGUAAGUGAAGAAAAAGAGAAAGCUGAAAGUCCAGCGGAUGAAAAGAAGCAGGAUAAAAAACAAGACGACGAAGCAGUCGUGGCCAACGGUAAAGAAGAAGCCAGUCCAAAAGAAGAAGUCCAAACCAGAACGGUGGAAACCAUCACCAACGGAGACAAAGAAACCAAAGCAGAACCAGAGAAGGAGGAGAAGAAGCCUGAAGAAAAGCCUCAGGAGAAGAAGAAAGUGGCCAAAAAGGUGGAGAAAGUGGCUCCGCAGGUGAAGAAGGAGAUCAAGGGAAAAGACUGACGCGAGUGACUCUGCCAGGGAAUUAGUUAUAAUCAAUUGUUAGGCAUAAUUCUAUUUGAUGCAAAAUGUGAACAAACCCCAACCCGAGUGGCGUUUGAUGCAGCUAGCCAAUAUAAUUGCAUGCGUGUUGAAUGAUUGACCUGCAUGUGUGGUUUUGGUGGUGACUUAGCCACGCUGAGCCGCUGCGUCUGAAACAGAAACUAUAGCGCAUUUGCAAUAAAGUGCAAGUACAUUAUGCUGCUAAUGAACGAUCUCUGAAGGCGAGAGGUUUUACAGUGAUGCCAGUUCAUCGGCGGUUCUCUUGGCAAUAAUGGUGCUACUUCAAUAUCAUUAUUCGCAGGCACACUUUGAGCAGAAACUUACGAAUUAUAUGAUGUCUUUCUAAUAUACUUCUUGCCUUAAGACAUAAUGCACUGAAUCAAUGAGAAGAGUCGGGUUGUUAACACAAACAGCUGUUAACAGAGAUACUGUGAAAGCUACUGUAAAGGUGCUGCUCUUUGCAAUAUCACCUCAAUCAAUAAAAGCUCAUCAAGUCCUUACAAA